CAUUUUAUUAUUACUUUAUAUAUUUUCAAUAGAAAAUGUCGAUCAAUAAUUAAAAGAUUAGAUUGAUUGAUAAGAUCAAUUCAAAUUUUGCCGCGUUUAAUCUGACAAAUGGCGGACUAGUGUGUUAUGUGUCACGUGUGUUGUACGCGUAAGCAUACAGUUGUUUAGUCUCUCUUUUGACGUAUAGUUCGUAACAAUGGAUAGAAUAAUUAAAGGUAUUAUGAAAUAUAGGCAGUGUCAUAGAGAAGGAAUGGUUAAACAAUUUCAAAAAGUUAGAGAUCAUCCUGAGCCCAAAGCUGUAUUCUUUACCUGCAUGGAUUCUCGGAUGAUACCAACUAGAUUUACGGAAACAAAUGUUGGAGACAUGUUUGUCGUAAGAAAUGCAGGAAAUUUGAUUCCACAUUCUCAACAUUUCGCUGAUGAACUCACAAUGUGUGAACCAGCUGCAUUGGAACUUGGUUGUGUGGUCAAUGACAUCAGACAUAUUAUAGUUUGUGGACACAGUGAUUGUAAAGCGAUGAAUUUAUUGUAUGCAUUGAAGGAUGAAGAAUUUGCAUCUCAAAUGAAUCGAAGGAUAUCACCAUUAAGAGCAUGGUUAUGCGCACAUGCUAGUAGCAGUUUAGCCAAAUUUCAACAGCUUGAAAUCACCGGUUUCCGUGAACCAAUUUUGUUUCAAGCAGAAACACCAUUGCGAAAGUUUGUUGUUUACAUUGAUCCUGAAAAUAAAUUUGCCAUUGAAGAUAAAUUGUCUCAAAUUAAUACAUUACAACAGCUUCAAAAUAUUGCUUCUUAUGGUUUCUUAAAGAAAAGAUUAGAGAGACACGAAUUACAUAUUCAUGCAUUAUGGUUUGAUAUUUAUACAGGAGACAUUUAUUAUUUCAGUAGAGCUAAUAAAAGAUUUGUCGAGAUAAAUGAAUUAACGGAGACACCUUUGUUGAAAGAAAUCAAAAAAUAUUAUUCUUAAAUGUGUGUUGGGUAUUGAGAUGGAGUUUAAAAUCUCAUACUUUGCUAUUUAAUCUUGUCAAGAUUCGUGAAUUAAUUGAUCUUUCACGAGGGAUCGUUCUGUGAUUGCAUUUUCUAGUUCGUGUUAAAUUUGAUCAUUCAAUUGUAUGCAAUGUACCUGAAAGUAAUUUUUAUAUUUUAUAUUUUCUUUUUAUAUACAUCACAAUUACUAUUGAUUUUAUAUU